AUAGCACCAAUUAAUUGAUUAAUUUUAUUUAUUUUUUUUUUUUCUAUAUUUUAUUUAAUUAUAAAUUUAUUAUAUUUUAACUUUAUUAAAAAUAUAAAAAUAAAAUUUUCAUAUAAAACCAAUAUAAAAAAUUAUAAUAAAUUUAUUUAA